GCGCAAGCAAGCGCUGUAGUUGCAUCCAUACGAUUGUUAGUUUUUGUACCAACAAAAUUAAGUAAUUAUAAUAAUGAAAUUAAGUGCAAGUAAUAGAAAUUCAGAAACGCAACGCGUGGGUGUUCCAAUGGCUUCUGCAGAACCCAUGGACAAUGCGACUGCAGGCAACGUCGCGUCUAUGGUAAAAACUGAUACGGCUUGCGCUAUGCCCCAACAAAAAUCGAAGCAUAGAUUUUCAGGAAAAAUGCUACUCAAGCAGCGCCGAAAUUUGGGCAACGAUGCCCAGUCUGCAACCGAUAGUAGUGAGCAUUUCACCGAAAACGAAUUACAUGCCUCAACAGAUCACCAUCAGACGCCAGCGGUGGGAAAGCAUCGUCAUAAAACACUCAACAGUAAACGCGACUUAAUCAAUUUACAAUCGAACCUGAGCCCUAAAUAUAUUGGAUAUGCCAAUGCCAACUCACCAAUAACAGUUCAUCAGAGUGAUGAUCAAAUGCGGUCAACGCGUCGUCGUAAUCAUGCGCCAGCUGCCAACAGCAGCUUGGAGCUACACGGCAGAGAUCGAGACAGUGACAUGGACACCGCAUCACCUAAACGCUCAUUAACAAACCCACACAUGUUGGCGAACGGCACCUAUUUAAGUCCCAUUGAUAAGCUGCUCAUCAAGAACGGAGCAAACUCACCUAACAGCACGGGAUUCGAAGCUGACGCCGAGGAUGUGGCAAUUAUACAAACAUCGCGCAAGCAACUGAAGCACAAGAUGAAGCGCGGUCCACGAUCCAAGACAAAGGUAGUUAAACAAAUGGUAGAAGCAAAUGUAAAAGAAGCUAGCGAACAACUUAUUAUGGAUGAACACAUAUCUGUGGAAUCAAGUUCAACAAAGGGAACUGACAAUUCUGAUUCGGCUAUCAAAAUUGAGUUGGCGGAGGUGGAAACGGUUGAAACGGAUGAACAAAUGCAUGUACAAACUGAAGUCAAGACUGUUAAAGUGGAGGGUUCCGAGAAUAGCCAGGUGGAGUUGAUGUUUGCAUUGCCAGUGGCGACUUCAACAGAGAUUGAAUCAAUAAAAUCCCCUCCAGAUCUAAUGAAGCCACCAAACAAUAGUGACCAAUCCAUAAAGUCACCAUCAUCAAUUAGCAUAGAUAGCGCAAAAGGAUCAUCCAUAUCCAACGAAUCUAGCUGGCCCUCAUAUCAAGUAGGCGAUUUGUACUGGGGAAAGCUGUUCAACUAUUGUUAUUGGCCCUGCAUGGUUUGUCCCGAUGACUUGGGCCAAAUUGUGGGCAAUCCGGCAGGACAACCCAAACGAAAGUCAACGGACAGCGCACAAGGAACUCCAAUGAACAUUCAGGUGCAUGUGCGCUUCUUUGCAGACAAUGGCCGGCACAAUUGGAUCAAGUCGGAUAAUCUGUUACCCUUUCAUGGCCUUAAGGCUUUUGAGGAAUUGCGCGAAGAGAUGCGCAUCAAACAUGGAUUUAAAAGCCCCAAGUUUCAACAAAUGGUUGCUAAGCGGAACAAGGAGCUCGUUUGGCGCCAAGCCAUAGAGGAAGCCCAACUUGUUGGCCAUAUGCCCGAUGAGUUACGUCUAGAUAAGUUCUUUGAAAUCCACGCCAACAAUGUGUUACUAAAUAAGAAACGUAAACUUUCCCGACAUCAAGAUACCUCGGAUGUUGGCAGCAGUCUGUAUGAUUCCACGGACAAUCUGAACACCAAGCCAAUUGCUCAGCUGGAAAUUGCUGUGAAGCGUGAGCGUUCCUCCUCACCGUUCAGUCCGUCCUUUUCGCCAGUUAAGCGCAAUCAUGAUAAGCGAACAAAGCGACGAAAACUCAGCAGUAGCGUUGAAGCGCAUGUUGGUAUGUCGGAGACACAGGAUAAGAAGCCAACCGUCGACUUGGGGAACUAUGGAAAUCCAGAAUUUGGUGAGCUGUUUGAUGCCAUCAGGGAGUAUGUGCUGGUGCAUCGGCAGGAGGAAAAGGUUGAGAAGGUACUGCUGGCGGUGGUAAGGAAUAUCUGGUCCCUAAAGCAACUGCAGCUUAGAGAACUGGAGCGAGCGUUGGCCAAUGGGGAUGCAGAAUUGUUGGGUUCAGCUCGUUUAGAAUCGGAAAGUGGCCGCGGUGUUGGCACAAUUAAGCGCCUCUCGAAUCGUCUCAAGACCAUGGUGCUGCGUCGCAGUUUAACGCCAGUUGUACCGCCCACCACAACACCCACAUUUCUUAAGCAACAAACCCCCACCGAGUCCAUCGAUUCGGAUCGACAAACGUCUGUGCCAGCCAAAAUAAGGAAACCCCUUGGCCGUCCAAUCCAGGAAGUGAUUGAAGAUAUAAUGCAGCUGGACAGCAAGUAUCUAUUCCGUGGUCUUAAUCGAGAACCAGUGUGCAAGUAUUGCUACCAGCCGGGUGGAGGCAUUGAACGUUGUUCACUCGCCUGCAAUAGUUGGUUGCAUGUCUCCUGCCUGGAGCAGAAGAGGUCAGCUAAAAAGCCGAGCAUGAAAGCUACGAUUAGCCGUAAAUCAAUUGCAGCAGCACCUGCCAAGCUAAUGGAACCGCUAACCACUUCAGAGAUUGAGACAGUGACGGCAAGACCUGCUCCUCACAUAACUGGUGAUGCACUUGAGGUGCAGACAGAGAAAAAGCCGCUAAUCUGUCAUGAAUGCGCUAUUGGCAAGCCAGAGCCUUGUUGCAUCUGCCAUGAGGAGAAACUGCCAGUUAGCUCGCCAACAGAUUCACCGCUUAAGGAAUUAACAUCAGCUGCUGCUGAAGGCAAGAAGAACAAUCUGAUUGUUUGCAGUCAACCGAUGUGCACGAACAAGUUUCAUGCCAGUUGUUGCAAGUAUUGGCCGCAGGCCAGUAUUAACAAUUCAUCUUCGAGAUGUCCCAUGCAUGUUUGCCACACGUGUGUAUCAGAUGAUCCCAGCGGCAAGUACCAGCAGCUUGGUAGCUCCAAGCUGAUCAAGUGCGUCAAAUGUCCAGCGACGUAUCAUCAGGAUUCGCGUUGCAUACCCGCCGGUUCCCGCAUGUUAACCACAACUCACCUAAUCUGUCCCAGACACAACAUUUCCAAAGCGGAUGCCAAUCUUAAUGUGCUUUGGUGCUACAUCUGCGUGCGGGGCGGUGAACUGGUUUGCUGUGAGACGUGUCCCAUUGCAGUGCACGCGCACUGUCGCAACAUUCCUAUCAAGGCCAAUGAGAACUACAUUUGCGAGGAGUGUGAGAGCGGGCGACUACCGCUUUACGGCGAGAUCGUUUGGGCCAAGUUUAACCUUUUUCGUUGGUGGCCGGCCAUCAUUCUGCCGCCUACAGAGAUACCCAGCAAUAUACAAAAGAAAUCACAUGGACUGAGCGAUUUUGUGGUGCGCUUCUUUGGCACUAAUGAUCAUGGAUGGAUAUCGCGUAGACGCGUCUAUUUGUAUAUUGAGGGCGACACUGGGGAUGACGUUAAGAGCAAGUCGCUAAUGUCCAAGCACUACAGAGCCGGCGUGGAGGAAGCUACUCAUUUUCUUAAGAUUCUUAAGCAGAAGCGGCAUGAACAGGCGAUUGUUCGACUUAACGGCAAUAAACUGCAUCCACCUCCGUAUAUCAGGAUCAAAACCAACAAACCUGUGCCGCCCGUGCGAUUCGUUUACAACGAGGAGGAUGUGAACGUUUGUGAGUGCAAAGCUGGCAGCGAUCAUCCCUGUGGUCCCGAAUCUGGCUGUCUUAAUCGCAUGCUCUUCCACGAAUGCAAUCCGGAAUACUGUCAGGCAGGCAGUCAAUGUGAAAACCAAAUGUUCGAGCUGCGCAAAUCGCCCCGCCUUGAUGUCGUCUAUAUGAACGAACGCGGAUUCGGUCUCGUAUCCCGUGAGCCCAUUGCCGAGGGUACCUUUAUCAUUGAGUAUGUGGGCGAGGUGAUCAAUCACUCAGAGUUUCAGCGGCGUAUGGCACAAAAGACAAGUGAUCGUGAUGAGAACUUUUACUUUCUUGGCGUCGAGAAUAAUUUUAUAAUUGAUGCUGGACCCAAAGGAAAUUUGGCACGCUUCAUGAAUCACUCGUGUGAUCCCAACUGUGCGACCCAAAAGUGGACAGUCAACUGUAUUAACCGGGUUGGAAUAUUUGCCAUCAAGGACAUUCCAGAGAAUACUGAACUGACGUUCAAUUAUCUAUGGGAUGAUCUCAUGAAUAAUGGAAAGAAGGUUUGCUUCUGUGGCGCCAAGCGAUGCUCAGGUGAGAUCGGUGGCAAGCUAAAGGACAAGGAGAACAAGGAAACUAGCACACACUCUGGCAAGAGCAAGAUGAAUUCAAAGCUGAAGCAAAAUACCAUCAAGAUCCAUGUCGGCGCUAACAAAAAGAAACUGAUUAAGAAGCCCAAGUCUGUGCCGAACAGCGUUGACAGUACGCCGCCGGAGCCGGAUCUAGAGUCCAACGACAAAGCGUAGUAGAUUAUUUAAAGUUUUUUUAAGUCAUUUCUGUUAAUCAUUAGUUAUCUUGUUUAUUAAUACUUGUCGCCGACUUUUGGACGCUUUUAUAUUUACAUGCAUAUUUAUUAUUGUUAGUUAUAAGUAAGAAAGUUGCAAAAGAAAUAUUAUGAAUUUUGUUAAAAGAUGUAACCCACACUGUAACUCUUUUUACUGUAAGUUCUAUUUUCUCAACCAAUAUUGAAAAUAAAGCAUAAGGCCUUUUCGAUGUAA